AUGCUGAUACAGGAAUCGUAUGUCGAUGUGCCUACCAAAGCUGGGGGAGAUGGCACGAUGCGCAUCUUCCUCUUCCAUCCAUCAAUACCAGGCUAUCCUAAGGCCAAGUUUCCUGGAGUAGUGGUGUUCAGCGAGAUCUAUCAAGUAACUGGCCCUGUCUCCCGCUUCUCUCGCCUCCUAGCCGGCAGCGGCUACAUCGUUGCAGCCCCCUCGUCCUACCACGAAUUCAUCGGUCCGGAACCCCUCGCUUACGACGUCCCAGGCACCGACGCCGGCAACGAGUAUAAAAUCACGAAAACUCUAUCUGCCUACGACGAAGAUGCCGACCUCGCAAUCGAUACCCUCCUCGAAUUGCCGACCUGCACAGGUAGAAUAGGUGCUACAGGAAUGUGCUUAGGUGGCCAUCUCGCAUACCGCUGCGCUUUCUCUCCUCACAUAAAAGCAGCAGUCUGCUAUUUCGCUACGGACAUUCAUUCUCACUCCCUUGGUGCUGGGAAAUCCGAUGAUUCUCUGCAGCGCACCAAGGAUAUUCGUGGAGAGUUGGUCAUGAUCUUUGGGAAACGCGAUAAUCAUGUCCCGGGCGAGGGAAGGGAUCUGAUCCGCAAGACACUGCAUGAGGCGGGAGUGGAGUUCAGUUUCUAUGAGAUUGCUGGUGCUCAGCAUGCUUUUAUCCGCGAUGAGCUGAGUAAGGGGAGGUACGACCCGAGGGUUAGUGGAGUGUGUUGGGCCAUGCUGGAGGAAUUAUUUGACAGAAGGUUAAAGAUUGACCUGGGUGAGGAGGCUGAGAAGGAGAAAGUGGAAGAUAUUUGUUGA